CUACAGUUGCAUGGCUUAUCUCACCCAGGUAUUCGAACUACCGUCAAGCUCGUAACUGGUCGGUUUUGUUGGCCUGGUAUUAAUAAAGAAGUAAAGGAAUGGGCACACACGUGCUUAGCUUGUCAAAAGUGCAAGGUAAUAAGACAUACCAAAAGCCCACUUGGCACCUUUCUUCUCCCUGACACUCGUUUUGAACACGUCCAUAUAGAUUUAGUUGGACCCUUUCCUGAAUCCCCUGGAUAUACCUAUAUUUUAACUUGCAUCGAUCGAUUCACACGAUGGCCGGAAGCAGUACCCAUCAAGGACGUAUCUGCUGAAACAGUCGCACGCGUCUUUGUAGCAAGAUGGAUCACUAACUUUGGAUGCCCAUCUGCCAAAACAACUUUUCGCGGGCGGCAAUUCGAAAGUGGCUUAUUCUUCGCCCUGACUGAAAUCAUAGGUUGCAUGCGUUUUCAAACAACAGCCUACCAUCCUAAAGCUAAUGGUACGGUAGAACGUCUACACAGACAGUUGGAAGCUGGUCUGUCAGCUGCAAACAACACCCAUUGGACUGAAUCCCUUCCGUUAGUUCUCCUAGGGAUACGAAACGCCUUGAAAACCGAUGCUGGUUGUACUAGCGCCGAGCUAGUAUAUGGCACGACACUACGACUACCUGGUGAAUUUGUUUCUCCCUCAAGCUUCCCACCAGCGGUAGAUCACGCUUCAUACGUCAGCAUGCUUACAAAUGCAAUGCGUUCAGUUAAACCUGCUCCCCUUCGUCCAUUGAUGUUUUUGUUCAUCCGUGUUUAAAAACUUCUUCACAUGUAUUUGUUCGUCGUGACUCUGUGCGUAGACCUCUGGAACCCCCAUACGACGGACC